AUGGGCCCCUCAUUGUGCGGGUCACGGGCAGAAUUCCCCUUUUCCCGGAGGAUCCCAAGGCAGGAGGAGCGGCGCGCUCGGCGGGUGCAGUGCCGGGCGUGGCCGGCAGAGGGCGCGGCCUGCGCGGGAUGGCGCUGCCGGCUGGCCCGGCCCGGCCCGGCGUUACCACACCCGCAGUGCCCGGCCCGGCCAAGCCCGGCCCGGCGUUACCACACCCGCAGUGUCCGGCCCGGCCCGGCGUUACCACACUCGCAGUGCCCGGCCCGGCCCGGCCCGGCCCGGCGUUACCACACCCGCAGUGCCCGGCCCGGCCCGGCGUUACCACACCCGCAGUGCCCGGCCCGGCGUUACCACACCCGCAGUGCCCGGCCCGGCCCGGCCCGGCGUUACCACACUCGCAGUGCCCGGCCCGGCCCGGCCAAGCCCGGCCCGGCGUUACCGCGCUCACGGUGCCCGGCCCGGCCCGGCCCGGCCCGGCGUUACCGCGCUCCCCUGUGGGCCGUGUCCAGAGAACAGCACAGACACCGCGCUAAGCUCCCACAGUGUCACCAGAAAAUGCGGUUCAUGGCUAUGCCUUCCGCCGGCAAGACAAUCAUGGAUUACACAAAAUUACCCACGUAAAGGAUCGAGACUUACAGUAAAAUGGAAUAGAGGAGGAAAUUAUAAAAACCCCACACCUUAAUAAUUCCACCACAUAAAUCCCUCUGUUUUUCAUUCUCAUGUCCAUGGAAGUGUGCUUCCCUUCUACUUCCCUAACUCCGUAAAACAGCAGAAGGAAUGCAGCUCCCUGCUGCAAGUGCUUUAGUAAUCUCAGCUGGAGACAUACAAAGCCCUGACUCAAGGCUUGGCAGGUGGCUGAGAGAAAUAUAUCUAGACUGGAGAGUAAAGGCCAGCAACUACACCUUCUCCUUGUGUUUGGAUGAGCAGCUCUGUGACAGAAGAAUUAAAUAUGUCCUCUGUGAUUUCAGGGCCCACAGCCCCAUUCAGGGCUCUCUCCUGCAUUAGUGCCCUACAAGAAAGAUUUUAACAGCACUCGAUUUUCUCCAGUGCCUUGGAGUGUCACUAAAGCAUAAGGACACAGUAAAGUGCUUCUAAUCUUUCUGAUAA